GCGAAGACUUGCAGCACUUCUUGCUGGAGUUGGCAGUAGCGACGGACAAGUCGCAUCAUAUAAAAGGUCAAGAUGAGAGCGAGCGAGAUGGAGCUUAUUGUAAGCACAUCAACCUCUGAACAUUUUCAUCGUUAUGAAGCUCUUGCCUCUUGUAUCGGUGGGACUGUUGUUCGCCCAGUCGACUUCUGCUACUUUGAUCCAGAAACGUGACACAGUCAGCGAUGUCUUGAACGACAUUAAGAACGCUGCCACUUGUACUGCUUGCCAGUCUCUGUUGGGUGUGCUCCAAGCCGUUGCCCAUCUUGGCAAUGAUGCCUUCGUCGGAGUCAUUACUGCAGUUUGUCAAUCGCUCGGGGUAGAGGAUGCAGAUGUCUGCGCUGGGGCCAUUGGCCUCGAAGGGCCCAUCCUGGCUCAUGAUCUUCGCGAGAUGACAGUUGGCUCUCACACCGCUCAACUCUUCUGUGGUACCAUCUUCGGUCUCUGUGACUAUCCUGCCGUCACUCCAUACACUGUCCAGUUUCCUUCGGCCAAGCCGGCUGGCGCCGUUCGUCCUCCUCCCAGCGGCAAGACUCCUCUAAAGGUCGUCCACUACAGUGACAUCCACGUCGAUCUCUCCUAUCAAGUUGGUGCAAAUUACAAUUGCACAAAAAACAUAUGUUGUCGCCCAUACACUGCUGCCGAUGCUCCUGGAAAGACGCAAUUUCCCGCCGGCGCUUACGGUAACACGCAAUGUGAUACUCCCCGUAGCCUCGAGCAGUCCAUGUAUACGGCCAUCAAGACUUUGGUACCCGACGCUGCCUUCUCUCUGUUCACUGGUGAUGUCGUCGAGGGUGCUGUGUGGCUGGUCAACCAUACCGAGGUUACGGGCGACCUCAAUAACGCUUACUCGCUUAUGUCCACGCUGGGGAUGCCCGUCUACGGCGUUGUCGGCAACCACGAUGUCGCUCCCGUCAACAGCUUCCCACCGGCUGCUGUUGACACCACCAUCUCGAGUCAAUGGGUGUACGACACCUUGUCGUCUGCCUGGACCAAGUGGAUCGGUUCCGCAGCUGCCACAACUGCCGACAAGUACGGUGCCUACUCAGUCAAGAAUCCUAACACCAAUCUUCGUGUCAUCUCAUUCAACACAAACUUGUACUACAAGCAGAACUUUUGGCUGUACGAAAAGACCAUGGAAACCGAUCCCAGUGGUCAACUAGCUUGGCUGGUCGGUGAACUUGACGCUGCCGAGAAGGCAGGAGAAAUGGUCUGGCUUACUGGUCAUAUGCCAAUGGGAGCUGGUGAUGCAUUCCAUGACGCCUCAAACUACUUCAACCAGAUUGUCAAGAGAUACAGUGCCACUAUCGCGGCUCAAUUCUACGGACAUACUCACAAGGACGAAUUCCAGAUCACUUACUCGGAUUAUAAUGCUCAGACUGCUGCCAACGCCCUCGGGGUGUCUUACAUCGCUCCCGCGCUGACUCCAACAUCUGGCAAUCCUACCUUCCGGGUCUACUCAGUUGACCCUGUGACCUUUGGCGUCUUGGACUACACUGUCUACAUGGCCAAUAUUUCAUCCCCAACUUACCAAAAUGGUCCAACUUGGCAGAAAUACUACUCGGUCAAAGAACAAUACGGUGUACAACUGACUCCUCCUAUCACUUCACCAUCUUCCGAGCUCACUCCUGCCUUCUGGCACAACGUGACUUCGCUUUUGCAAACGAAUGAUGCUAUCUUCCAGCAAUUCAAUGCCCGGAAGUCUCGUGGUCACGAUGUAUCCGCGUGCGCCGGUGAUUGCAAAACCAGCACUAUCUGCCAGCUACGCGCAGCAGAAUCUCAGUACAAUUGCGUUACCAUCAAGCCAGGAGUCAACUUCAAGAAGCGCGACUUGGCUGCUGAUGUUGUGCACUCGGAUGAAUGUGAUGGUUCUGCAGGCGCAAAAAUAUUGGGCGCUCUUACCAGCAACAUCGAUGCACUCCAGCAAGCGUUGGAGAAGCAACUUGGUGCUGGAUUCAUGAGUGAGGUCGUCAAUGCUACAAGCCCUUGAUCGGAGAAUUGGACGUUGAAGGUGCGAAGUUGAAUGCUCAGCCCUAGCUGUGAGAUCUUGAAACACAUACUUAUUAUUAUGUAGAUAGAACGCUUGAUCGACAGCACGUCUGUGUACAUAGGUUGUGUCGCUUUACAUGAUUUAUACUGUGUAGCGUAGAGAAGGAUGCAUAUAAACACCAGGUGAAGCCAACAGGGCAAGUCACGGUUAAUCCCAUCAAUCGUCAAGCUGAGUCCAGCCAAAGAUCACCCUUGCACAUAUCAUGGUCAUAGUUGCACUAGCCGGUGCAACUACAGGCUCCGGCCUGACUGUCCUUCACCACUUCCUCAGCUCAAACCAUCCACAUAAGCUCGUUCUUCUCACUCGC